AAAUACAAAGACAUUGAGCCCACGGUGAAGAUGGAGGAGGUGGACGGGGAGGAACUGGUGAAGAAGUUUGCUGAGGAGAUGGAGGGCAUGCUGGGUAGGAAGAUGAAGUCCGUGAAGAGACUGGCGGAGGCGGCGGAGGACGCUGAUUUAUACCAUGAGUUCAACGCUACCUUAGAGGUCAGUCACAGUGGAGUCACACCGCCGCGUUCCGUCCUUACAAAUACACAUUUUAAAUGGGUUUAUCUUUGCUGUUGUUCAAAGGUAGCCGAUAGUCACAGACCGAGUACAGGUGUACAUGUAACAAAUAUGACAACUUUUAUUCAUUAUACAUUAUGAUACACACAACCAAGAUCAUUACAGCUGUACAAAAUAUGCAAGGUUGGAAAUGUACAGCAGUUACUGACCUUUUGUGAUGUGCACUUUCCUCUGUUGUAGUUUGACCUUAUCUUUUCCUCUUUGAUUUCUCUCUCCUCUUCAGUUUGACCACUGUAACUCUGUGAUUUCUCUCUCCUCUUCAGUUUGACCACUGUAACUCUGUGAUUUCUCUCUCCUCUUCAGUUUGACUACUGUAACUCUGUGAUUUCUCUCUCCUCUUCAGUUUGACUACUAUAACUCUAUGCUGAUCAACUCAGUGGAUAAUGAUGGGAACGCUAUAGAGCUGGGAGGAGAGUUUCCUCUGGAAGAGAAUGAACACUUCAACAAGCUCCAGGUCAACACUCUGCAGAGCGACAUACAGGUCCCCACCAACGUGUACAACAAAGGUCAGCUAGCGGUGGUUCAUUUAGCUGCUUUAGGACAAUGCCGUUGUUAGUCAACAUUAUCCAGACAGGGUUGGGUUAGCUCCCUUGUCCAGACAGGGUUGGGUUAGCUCCCUUGUCCAGACAGGGUUGGGUUAGCUCCCUUGUCCAGACAGGGUUGGGUUAGCUCCCUUGUCCAGACAGGGUUGGGUUAGCUCCCUUGUCCAGACAGGGUUGGGUUAGCUCCCUUGUCCAGACAGGGUUGGUUUAGCUCCUUGUCCAGACAGGGUUGGGUUAGCCCCUUGUCCAGACGGGGUUUGGGUUUAAAGCCCCUUGUCCGACAGGGUUUGGGUUAGCUCCCUUGUCCAACAGGGUUGGGUUACCCGUCCUGUUGUCCGAAGGGUUGGUUUUCCCCUUGGGUCCAAGCAAAGGGGGAGGGGUUUUGGGCUACUUUCCCGGGGCUUUGGGUUUCUCCGCCCGGGUUUUUUUGGCCCCUUUUUCGUUUUUGCUUUUUCCCUUUUUUUUAUCUCCUUCUUGGGCCUUUUGGGGGGGCCUCGAUUUGUUUUCCUCUUCCCGGGGGGGGGUUUUUUCUAAGGGGCCCCCCCCUUUGUUUCCUCUCUCCCUUCUCCUUUUUUCCCCUCCUCUUCCUCCUUCCUCUUUUCUCUCUUCCUUCUCUCUCUCUCUCUCCUCUCCCCCCUCUCCCCUCCCCUCUUUCCCCUUUUCCCUCCCCUCCUAUCCUCCUCAUCUCCCCUCUCUCCCUCCCCCCCUUUUCUUCUCUCUCUCUCCUUCUCUCUCCUCUCUCUCUCUCCCCUUCCCCCUCCCCCCCUUUUGGUCAACCCUGUUUUCUAAAUGGGGUUACAGUCGAGGCCCUGAACGAUGUGUUCGUGGAUAACUUCCAGAAGGACCCUACUCUAACCUGGCAGUACUUUGGCAGCGCCACUGGCUUCUUCAGACUCUACCCAGGUAACGUCACACUCACAUACACGCACGCACACGACCGAGACAGAUAUGAACACACAGAUAUGAAUCUGACCUUACUCUCACACCACCGGAUAUCAGGUGUGUUCUCACCCUGACCUUAAAUGUUAUGACAUGCCCCAAUACUGUACAGUCACACACACACUAGACAGACAGACAGACAGACAGACAGACAGACAGACAUACAGACAGACAGACAGACAGACAGACAGACCUACAGCACAAGUCCAGCUAAGCUAAAUCCACAGAUCAGCAUGUCACACUGCAGGCUGAGCCCAAUAGCCUUGCUAGGUUGAACUGACAGCAUUCAUAAUGGAGGGUAGCAGAUUAAAUAGCUGAGUCUAUCAGGUCAUUAGCGGUAUAGCGUGACUACAAAGCCACCCGUCAGCCCUGGUCAGCCCACCCGUCAGCCCUGGUCAGCCCACCCGUCAGCCCUGGUCAGCCCAUCCCGUAAGCCCUGGUCAGCCCACCCGUCAGCCCUGGUCAGCCCACCCGUCAGCCCUGGUCAGCCCAUCCCGUCAGCACACCUGUCAGCCCUGGUCAGCCCAUCCAUCAGUCCUGGUCAGCACAUCUGUCAGCCCUGCUGGGCUCUGGGAGGACAGAAGAGC